AUGUCGGAUAUUUUGAGGUUAUACAAUUUGGAGUCCAUUAGAAUCAGGAAUUUACUUAAUUCAUUUUCUGGGAGGAUUUCUUUGACAAGUGAUUUAUGGACAUCUAUCACUAAUGAUGGAUACAUUGCUUUGACUGCCCAUUACAUUGAUAAGGAUUGGGUGUUGCAUAAGAAGUUGUUGAAGUUUUGCAUCAUGCCACCUCCACACACUGGCAUCCAUAUUUGUGAAAUGGUUUCAAAAAUCUUGUCUGACUGGGGUAUUGAUCGAAAAUUGUUUUCAAUUACUUUAGAUAAUGCCACAGCUAAUUUAUGUUUUGUUGACCUGCUAAAGAAAAAUUUGAAUUUGAAGAAUGCUCUUUUAUGUAGAGGAUUACACUUUCAUAAUAGGUGUUGUGCACAUAUUCUCAAUCUUAUUGUACAAGAUGGACUGAAACACAUAGAUGACUCUACGGUGUUGGUGCGAUCUAGUAUAGCCUAUGUGAAAGGAUCACAUGCAAGAAAAGUAAAAUUCUUAGAAAUUUGUAAGCAAUUGAGAUUACAAAGUAGUAAGGGCUUACGUGUUGAUGUCUCCACAAGGUGGAACUCAACAUAUCUCAUGCUUGAUUCUGCAUUAUUUUAUUGUAAAGCAUUUGAGAACCUUGGACUAGUGGAUGACAACUUUAAAACUUGUCCUAGUUCUGAACAAUGGUUGAAGAUUGAGAGAUUAACGAGUUAUUUGUAUCUCUUCUAUGCAAUUACUGUUUUCCUUUCUGGUUCCAAGUAUCCCACAGCAAAUUUAUAUUUUGAAAAUGUUUGGGAGAUUCACAAAAGUUUAUUAGAAGAGCUUUGCAAUCUGGACUUAAAUGCAUCUACAAUGUGCCACAAUGUGAGGAAUUCUUUAUAUCAAUUGUUUGAUGAGUACAAGAGUAUGCAACCAAGUGACUAUGAUGUUCCUACACUUACCCAUCGUCCUGGGAGAUCUAGAACAAGAUUUGAAUUUAUGGUAUCCGAGCUUGCUAAGAUGGAUAAUGGAAAUAAAUCUCAAUCGGAUAUAUAUCUAGAUGAACCCAAGGUCCCAUUCAAUGAUAAUGAAUAUGAUGAGUAUGAUGUGUUGGCAUUCUGGAAAGCAAAUGGGUCAAGGUAUCCUGAUGUGGCUCUAAUGGCUCGUGAUGUCUUGGCUAUACCAGUUUCCACAGUUGCUUCAGAGUCGGCUUUUAGCGCAGGGGGCCGUGUUAUUGAUAACUAUCAGAGCAAACUCCUACCUACCAAUGCUGAAGCAUUAAUAUGCCUUCAGGAUUGGAUGUUUGAUAUAGACUUUAGAGCUGAGCCUUUUGAUGAUCCCACUGAUGUGGAUAAUGCACUUGGAAAUAUACUGGAACUAUUGCACAUUGAAAAGGAGAGAGGUGCAGUAGCUAGUUCUUCAGCUGGUCCUACUCCUAGAGAAGGAUAA